GGUUUUCUAAUUUGCGCCCAAAGAGAUAUGUUUACAUCGCUUGCGGCACCAUUGAGCACGACGAUUAUCUCUGCUGCUACGAGGCGGUCACAAGUUUCACAGCCUAAAUCCAAGAAAUCCAAACCGGAGAAUAAGCGGCCAACGACGACGUCAACGAGCGGUUUCUCCUCCGGCAGAACAACGAAGGAAUUGACUUGGAAAUGCGUCGAAGGCUGUGGAGCUUGCUGUAAGCUUGCAAAGGACUUCGCUUUCGCCACCCCUGACGAAAUCUUCGAUGACCCUGAUGAUGUCGAGCUGUAUCGAAGCAUGAUCGGAGAUGAUGGAUGGUGCAUAAACUACAACAAAGCUACACGCAAAUGCUCUAUUUAUUCUGAUCGUCCAUACUUUUGUCGGGUUGGUCCGGAGGUUUUCAAGUCACUCUACGGGAUUGAAGAAAAAAAAUUCAACAAGGAAGCUAUCAGCUGUUGCAUUGACACCAUUAAGACGAUUCAUGGUCCUGAUUCUAAAGAAUUGGAUAACUUCAACCGUGCCAUCAGAAGUAGUCCGAGCUCGAGUUAAUAGUCUGAUGAAUUCGUCGUAAGGCAGGUUCAAGUCCAAGUUCAUCUUCAGGUUCAUCACUUUCCUCAAAUAGUUGCAUAAACCGAGCUUGAUCUCGCUGCUUCUUCAUCCUUUGAGCGUGCUUGAACGUAAAAACGCCUCCAACCACAACCAGAGUUGCACACAAUACGCCUGCUACAAUCGCUAUCGUGACUGUUAUCCCGUUGUUUCCUUCCUCUUGGGGACUAGAACCCGUCGUUGCUUUAGAAGAUACUACACACAUGAUUGCAUUCAGUUCUUAUAUGUAAUUACUUGUGAUCAAUCAUAUCUGUUGGUUUCUUUUUUUGACAGGAAACAUAAAUGCGGAAAUUAGUUUUCACUAACCGGAUUCGACCUGGGCGCAACCGUGGCAGACAAAAGUAGCAUUAAUCUCCUUUUCUUUAAAAUGCAUAUAGAUUUGGCUAGCAGAGAAAUCAGAGGGACAAAGUUCCCAUUCAUCGAACUCUUUGUCUGAAACAAGGCUGCCUUGCUCGUAGACUCCGCAUCGCUUACACUUUUCCCCAUCAAUUUCAGUCAUAGGCUAUUGUAAUAAGCAACAGAAAAGAAUCCUAUAAGUUUUCACAAAUCACAAUCUUGAUUAUUGUUUUAAAGAUAGAUGGUUGUAAAAGAGAUUAGGGACGAGCCUGCCAUGAUUCUUGACCGCGGAAAGUGUACAAGACACCGGUCUUGAUAACAUCUGGAAGAACAGUUUUGUUCU